AUGGCAGCAGCAAAUUGCACACCCGUUACCAACUUCAUCUUGGUUGGAUUCAGCAAGCACUCGGAGCUGCGGCUCCUCCUCAUCUUCCUCUUUUUGCUGAUCUACACACUGAUUCUGUUGGGGAACAUCAGCAUGAUUGUCCUUAUCCGUGCUGACCCCUGCCUGAGCUCCCCCAUGUACUUCUUCCUCAUGAACCUCUCCAUCCUGGACCUCUGUUAUGCCUCUGUCAUUGCCCCAAAAGUGCUGGCCAAUUUACUGGUACAGAGCAGAACCAUUUCCUACAGUGGAUGUGCUGCCCAGAUGUUCUUCUUCUCUGUCUUUGUUGCCACCGAAGGGGUCUUGUUAGCAGUCAUGGCAUAUGAUCGCUUCCAUGCCAUCUGCUACCCACUCCAGUACCAGGUCAGCAUGUCAAGAAAUGUCUGCAUGCAGCUGGUGCUUGGCUCUUAUUUCUGUGGUUGUCUCAACUCCUCAAUUCACACCAGCUUGGCUUUCAGGUUAGACUUUUGUGGCCCCAAUGAGAUUUACCACUUCUUCUGUGAUCUGCCUGCCCUCCUGAAACUUUCUCAAAGUGACACCAGCCUUAAUGAGGUUGUGAUGAUUAUUGUCUCAGCUUCCCUUAUCGUCAGCACUAUCUUAGUCAUCCUCAUCUCCUAUGCAUAUAUUGUCUCCACCAUCCUGAGGAUCCGUUCCAGAGAGGGCAGGUAUAAGGCUUUCUCCACCUGUGCCUCCCAUAUGACGGCUGUUGCAUUGUUUUAUGCCACUGUUUUCUUCAUGUAUGCACUGCCCAGUGCAGUAUCUUCCCCAGGUGAAAAUCAGGUGGUUUCUGUGUUCUACACGCUUGUCAUCCCCAUGCUGAACCCCAUGAUCUACAGCCUAAGGAAUAAGGAUGUGAAAGAGGCACUGAAAAGGAGAAGGGGAUGGAAAUGUCAUUUGUAG